CAAGGACAUUACGGCCUGGUAGCGGAGGUGGAUUGGUCGGUGAUGCUCCCGCGUGCAGCACUUUGGACAAUGCGGCUUCGAACAGUCCCACUGAACAAGAGCUCUGUUUUUUCGUCCCGCAUGCCGAUCUCCUUAGUCGUGUCCCUUACAGCCAGACCGCGUUUUCGCAGCCUCGAUGGAACGCAAAGGAGUUGCCCUUGCCCGUUUUACUUUACCUUCAACAAGCAGCAGCCCACGGCACUUCCUCAGGAUCUGGGGGCGACGGAAAGCAGACUACCGAAUCCAAAAGAAG